GUCUUGGAAAAGGCUCAGUGUUUGUGUGUCAGGGCGAGUCGGUGUGGGAUAGGCUGCAACACCGGCUCAUGGUGGGAAAAUGGCACAGAAUGAAACACAUCCCAUUUUGGAAAUACUAAAAUCAUUUAAUCUUGGUGACAUGAUCCUGGCCUUCUGUCUCUCCAUGCUGGUGGGGCUGCUGCUGGGCGCCCUGGUCUACAUCCUGCUGACCUGGGUGUCGAGGCGCCGGGCCACGGCCAGGAUCACCCGGCGCUCCCAGAAGAAGGCCAGAGCCUCAGGAGCGCGCGACCCCGCGGGCAGCCAGAUGGGCCUCUACAGGAGCACCUUCCUGAGCGUUUACAGAACGCCCUCCCUGGAGCCGGUGGGCCCGCUGGGGAGCAAGCCCGCCUCCGAGAACUCCACCUUCCGCCCGCUGCACAAGAAGAGCCGGCCCGGCCUGGACAUCCCGGACGACACCCAGGUGACCAUGUCGGACGACACGGUGGCUUCGAACUCGUCCGACUCCACGGCCCUCGUGCCGAGCAAGAGGAACUCCUUCUGGCUGGGAAACAACGGGCUCAAAGGGUUCCUCCCGUCACAAACCCCGCCGCCGGCGUACGACAGCGUCAUCCGUGCCUUUGAGGAGACUUGCACUUAAAACUGGUAGCCUUAGCACAACGACUGAGCUUCUGGGAUUACAGUGGACUUCAAUUUCUGUACCAGUUUUGCAGACCCCUCUAAGUGAAGCAUUUUCAGUUUCAUUUCAAAGAAACUCUUCCUCCUGUGCUUUACAGUUAUCAUUUUUUUCCUCAAUAAAUUGCUUUGCUGUUUUCUCGUCACAAAAUACCACAAAACAGCCAAACUGAAAAUAUCACAAUCACAAUUACAGCUCAGACUGAUGACGAUAUCGAUGAUGCAAGCAUGCAAAUGUUUAAAAACCGUGCAGAAAAAAUAGGAAAUAUACCGUAUUUUCUGGACUAUAAGACGCACCUGCAUAUAAGCCGCAUUCACUCUGUUUUUUUAAAAAAUAAUUAAAAAAAGAUAUACAAACCGCACCUGCAUACAAGCAGC